AUGCGUAUCACCGUCAGCGUGAUCCGCCCCGAUGUGGAUUCCGACAUCAUCCCCUUGGAGGUCGGCGGCGACAUGACAAUCGACCUCUUGAAAGCUAUUGUCGAAAGCGAAACCUCGAUCCCCCCGGCAUCCCAGCAAAUUGUCUACAAUAACCAGCUCCUUCAGUCCUCUGCACAAACUCUCGAAUCCGUGGGCAUCACCGAAGGCGACAUGCUCGGAGUGCACGUCACUCUCCGCAGCCCCCAGCAACCCACCCCUCGUCCCUCCGCCCCCUCCAGCUCAAGACAACCCGCCCCACGCCCCGGCAUGCCAGACCCAGAAACCAUCCGCCUCCACAUCCUGGGUGACCCCCGCGUGCGCGAGGCUGUCCGCAGGCAGAACCCCGAGCUCUCGGAGGCGGCAGACAACGCCCAGCGCUUCCGUGAGGUCCUGCUGAGGCAGCAGCAAAACGAGGCGCACCAAGAAGCUCAGAAGGAAGCUCGCAUUGCUAUGCUAAACGCUGACCCCUUCAACCCGGAUAACCAGAAGGAGAUUGAGGAGAUCAUUCGCCAGAAUGCCGUGACCGAGAACCUACACAAUGCUAUGGAGCAUCACCCCGAGUCUUUCGGACGUGUCACCAUGCUCUACAUCCCCGUCGAAGUCAACGGCCACCGCCUGAACGCCUUCGUCGACUCCGGCGCCCAGGUAACCAUCAUGUCCCCCGAAUGCGCCACAGCCUGUAACAUCAUGCGUCUCGUCGACCGUCGCUACGGCGGUAUCGCCAAGGGUGUAGGCACAGCCCCCAUCCUGGGCCGCGUGCACUCCGCCCAGAUCAAGAUCGGAGAGAUGUUCCUCCCCUGCUCCUUCACCGUGAUGGAGGGCAAACAAAUCGACCUCCUACUCGGUCUUGACAUGCUCCGUCGUCACCAAGCCUGCAUUGACCUCCAGCGCGGUGCGCUCGUCAUCCAAGACCAGGCCGUACCAUUCCUCGGUGAGGGCGACAUCCCUAAGCACCUCACCGAUGAAUUCGAAGCCGAGCCUACGGUCAAGGGAGCCGAUGGAGCGGAAGUUGGUGCCCGCACGGGCGCCGUCACCCAUCAGGCUGAGAACAGCACAUCCAGCGCGAAUCCCAGCGCCCCUGCUCCUGCUCCUGCAUCUGCGCCUGCGCCUGCACCCCGGAUCAACAUCCGGCCUGCGUCGCGGUGGCCUCAGGACUCGAUUGCCAAGAUCACGGAGUUGGGAUUCUCGCGGGAUGAAGCUGUUCGCGCCCUCGAUGCCGCCCAUGGGGAUUUGGAUGGGGCGAUUGGGUUCUUGAUUUGA